UGUGCUCCUGUUAAUCCACAAUACCCUAAUAUCAUUGCGAAUGUGAAUAAACGUACAAGCCCAAUUUCCUCAUUUGUUCCUUUGCUCAUCACUCAAGCUAAGCGUACUUCUCCUGAUACAAUCCCGAUCAGUAAGAAGAGCUUCAUGCCUACCGAAAUUCCGGUUAUUAGGAAACGCACUCUUCCUAUUGCAGAUGAGGGCAUUAAUGGCCUUGGUGGCCUUGGUGGUUUUGGUGGUCUUGGUUUACUUCCGUUAGCUGGUGGUCUUGGUGGCCUUGGUGGUCUUGGUGGUUUUGGUGGUCUUGGUUUACUUCCGUUAGCUGGUGGUUUCGGCGCAGUUCCACUUGCUGGUGGAUUCGGUGGAUUCGGUGCAAUUUGA